AUGUCAGGGAAGGUUGGUAUUCUACUCGAAAAAGCCUGGGGCGAUGAGUCGAAUUGGCACAAUGUGGUCACAAAAUCUUCCGUCCACGAAAUCAUCGGCCAUAUAUCGGCCUUUCUAUUCUACGGGCCGGAAUUAUCCAAGAAUCAAGAAUGGCUGGAAGUCACAGAAGAGUAUACUUCGAUUGGAUUUGAAGCAGCACGCGAGCUACGCCUUUGGCCCCAUAUUCUUAGACCCUUUAUUCACUGGUUUCUGCCCUCUUGUCGUCGACUGCGGUAUCUUGCCAGGAGAACACGGAGCUUGAUCGAGCCGGUUAUCGCCGCUCGAGAGCUCGAGAGCUCCAGACGUGAGGCAGAGGGCCAGGAGCCACUCACAUACGACGACGCGAUCGAAUGGACCAAAAAAGCUGCCAAGGGGCGUCAGUACGAUGCGGCGAUGAGCCCGUUGCUUUUCUCGAUCAAUGCCCUCCACACAACCACCGACCUAUUGACGCAGACCCUUCUAGACCUCAGCACGAGGCCCGAAUUGAUCCAGGCCCUGCGUGAGGAGGUCAUCUCAGUUCAACCCCAGGAAAAAUGUUGGAAGAACUCAAUCCUAGGGCAACUACGGCUGAUGGAUAGUGCCGUGAAAGAAAGCCAACGACUGAAACCCACUGAGUCGAUCCUUAUGAGAAGGUCCGCGAUGCAAGACAUUACCUUCGCGGAUGGCACCCAAAUUCCCAGAGGGACAGUGCUCGGCAUCCCCAUCUUCAACAUGCGAAACCCAGAAAUAUACCCCAACCCUGACACAUACGAUGGCCAUCGAUUCAUGAAAAUGCGGAAGGAGACUGGCUCUGAUGGAGUAAGCCAGCUUGUUGCGACAAGUCCAAUUCAUUUGGGUUUUGGUCAUGGAAUCCAUGCAUGCCCAGGGCGGUUUCUUGCAGCAACCCAGGUUAAAAUCAUACUCUCCCAUAUGGUGAUGAAAUAUGAUUUCAAGCUGGGUGAUGGCUCAGAGACGAAGUUUGAUUCUUUUGGUAUAGAGUUAAUCUCAAAUUCGGAAGCGACACUGGCAGUCAGGAGAAAGGAAGACGAGGUAAAAUUCUAG